AUGGACUCCCCGGCUGUACUGGUCCCCCUCGAUCCACGAGAACAGCCAAUCCUCGAACGACUCCUCCGCACUAGGGACGCACUCCUAUUACUGAAACAAGAUAAAUCGUCCUACAUCAAAUCUCGGGAUGUCCUCCCGUUAUACGAAGAAGUGAUCGGUCAGGUCGAGACUCUGAAUGCCGUGCGGAAAGCGCAAGAACGUGACCGCCGCUUGCCACACAACCGACUUGAUUAUGUUCUCGACGAUUGUUUCCAACUCAUCUCCCUCCUCUUUCUCACCGUCGGCCGAAACAAUGAGGCCCCCGCGACAUACUCUCUUACAACCACAGUACAACGCUUACUCGAUCAUCUUGAAGAGGCAGGCUUCUAUAGCGCCAAAGACCUUGAAUCAAUAUCUCGGACUCUCGCCACCAUACGCGAAACCCUGGACCGCGGAAAAGAUACUCAUCCCCCGCAUCUACUGACACUCCUGGGUAGUCGACUGGAGGAGUGCCAAAUAGUUUUGGAUAGACUGAACAAGGGUCUGGAGCCUCUUUCGCCUGAGCUUGUGAAGUUGCAUGAGACGUUGGUCUCAAUUUUACGGUCUACGUCUGCAGUUAAUACUCGUUCAAAGUUCUCGUCAUCCGAAGUCCUUGAUUUACAAGAGAAAUUGAAAGAGAUUCAAAAUAAUAUGAAAGAUGGCAACUUUGUCGGAUCAGAUGGUCAGAUUCUGAGCGGACAGGAAGCCGUCAAGUCUCUUUUUGAGCGGUGCUGGAGAUGGACAGAGAUUGUCCUUGAGCGAAAAGGCCGUAUCGACGAACGCUUCCAAGAACAAUAUGCUCGUCUCCUCGAGAUCAGGAAUCAACUAGAGCGACUAUCGAUGACACAGGCAUGGUCCCUCCGCGAAACAGACCUUUUCCAAUUCCAGCGCAAGCUUGACCGUAUCGAUGAAGCUCGUGUGAACGGCAACUUCUUGGAUGCUACGAACCAGCCCGCUGAUCUGCAUGCUCAACGAACAUUACUCUACCUCAUCCGCCGCAGCUAUGCUUACAUAUAUGCACUCCUCAUCGCUUCGGAACCAGUCUCCGAAGCCCUCCUCCCGAUUUAUAAUCAACUCCAAACCCUGCGCCGAUGUCUACUCGAAGUCAAGGAUUCUGGCGGAGUCUCGAAUGCUCGUGAACUUUAUCCGUAUAGCAUGAAGUGUGCUUUUAAAAAGCUGAAUUCAAUUGACAACAUGCGCAUCGACGGAAAAUUCUACAUAGGAAACGACAUCCCCGAAGGCCAGGGGAGUGUCAAUUCGCUUCUGGCAGAAUGUUAUGAGCUCGCGUAUGAUUUACGAGCAGCUGUUGCGGAAGAUAAGGAGGAUCGAGGAGAGUAA